CGGGCUAUACACUUCAGACUGGUAACUGGUAGAGGAUCGACAGCACCCUCUCACCAUGCCUGCGCCACAACACACCAGAUAACAACAUCACCACCAUCAUCAUCACCAGCCACCAUGACGACCACCAUGACAACCACCAACACCAACGACCCCGAAAACAACAAUAAUGCCAACCCACACACCCUCCCCCGACCACCCUACAACCCGAUCAUCAACGCCGCCCACGCCCCUCCCAUCCUAGCAGACAACCUCCCCUCACAAACAAAAUCGCACCUCUUCCUAACCAAACCCCUCCUCUCCCCGCUCCUCUUCCAAAACACGACCUCGGACGCACGCGACCACUGCGCCAAUGAACGCACCUUCCUCUCCUGGCUGCGCCUCUCAAUGUACCUCGCGAUCGUCUCCAUCGCCAUCAUAAUCUCGUUCCACUUCCAGACGCCGCCGACGGGGCUGGAGCGGCGCAUGGCGCUGCCCCUGGGGUGCGUGUUCUGGGUGCUGAGUCUGGGGUGUUUGGGGUGCGGGUUCGCGAAUUAUGUGCGUACCGUGGUGAAGUAUAGUCGCAAGGCGGCGUUGGUGCAGAGUGGGUGGAAGACGCAGGUGAUGUUUACGGUUGUUGGGGUGGUUAUUCUCGGGAGUUGUGUGUUGUUUUUGGCGACGGAUGCGAGGACGAGAUAACUUGCCAGUAGUGUCGGGGAUUGCGCGUUAUUGGGCGUUGGGAUUUGAGGAUAUGAAGGGGUGUGGGGAAUCUCAGGACGGUUACUGUUGAAGGUUGAUCGUAUACCACUACCUAACGACAUACAUGAUAUAUGACAUCAAGAAUUCAAAACGAAAACUCAAGGGGAAUAAAUUAUAGAUAAUAAUAAAUAAUAGGAAUGAGUCUAGGCGCGACUCGCUGCCACUGCCUUGCGCAUGCAAUGC